GUGGGCUCUGGGAAUGAGAUUGUCUUUGGGACACAAUAUCAUAACACAGCAUCAAGUCGUCCAUGAAGUCCACGAUUUUGCUUUUUCCUCUAGUUUUUCUCCUGACCUCAGUGUUGUCGUUAGCUCUAUGUUUCUCCGAUCAUCCUGUCUUGCUGAUAUCGGUGGACGGUCUAGGAUGGCAAAAAACAGGAGAUCUCACCCCUAACCUCAACGCCUUCGGAAAGACCGGGGCUAAAGCAAAGUACCAGUUAGCGGGAACUCCGACAAGAACUUGGCCAACACACAUAACAUGGCUUACAGGGCUUUAUCCAGAGUCGCAUGGGCUGAUUUCUGAUCACUUUUGGGACCCUGUUUAUCAAGAAAAUUUUACACUUCAGUAUGAUUGUUCUAACUAUGACACAAAGUUUUACAACGCAACUGAACCGCUAUGGCUGACAGUGCAAAAGCGGGGAGGAAAAUCGGGAGUUUAUUUUUGGCCGGCAUCUCAUGCUUACCACGAAAAACCAACCUACACUGAACCACCAUUUUGUCUGGUUGAUUGUUCAAAAAUUAAACCGAAAGAUCUACCAAAGUACCGAGAAAAAACCCGCAAAGAAUACCCCCCUUAUAUUCACUGUUUCAACAACCGAAGCAUAGCAUUUAAAGAUAGGGUUGACACCGUAUUGAGUUGGUUGACCUCCGAAGACACGCCGAAGUUCACAGCGUUCUACAUAAAUGAACCAGACGGAACUGGGCAUAGGCUAGGACUGGACUCAGGCGAUUAUGAUAGACAGCUUGUCAGAGUUGAUAAGGAUGUGAUUGGUCGUUUUAUUUCAGGCCUAAAAAAAGCACAACUAUAUGACCAAGUUAAUACUAUAAUUGUCUCCCCUCAUGGUUUAGUGCGCACAUCUUCUAGCAGAGUGAUAUAUCUCAGUGACUAUAUCAACACAGCGUCAAUCAUGCUGUCAGAAGAAGGCGUGGUUGGUCACAUCUGGCCACACCAUGGAUAUGAGGAUGAUGUUUAUGCUAAUUUGACAUCUGCCAAUCACCCCAACAUGCGAGUGUACAGAAGAAAUGAGAUUCCAGAGGAUUUGCAUUGGAGGAAUAAUCGUCGAAUUCCUGCCAUUUACCUUGAUACUGAUCUUGGAUGGAGUGUACAGCUCAACCGGCCUAACCACAUCACUCCUUGGGCAUUAGCUAACCAUGGUUGGAGGCCAUCAGCAGAGUAUGGAGGAGUUUUCUAUGCACAUGGUCCAGCAUUUAAACAGGGCUACGAGUCCACACAAGUGGUAAAAGCUGUUGAUGUUUAUUCACUGCUUUGCCAACUAUUGGGUACUGAGCCACUGCCAAAUAAUGGGACGUUAAAGAACAUGAUAGAGUAUUUAGUGGAAGGUACAGAAUGGACACAAGAAAUCCAGACUGAGUUAUAAGUACUGUAAAUGCUGCACUGUCACACAAAAAGACAUCAGAAAAUGACAUUUUAAUAUAGUAGGAGGCACAAGAAGUAUAAACAGAGAUAUAAUAAAAAAUUAAGAUAUUCUCAUGUUGAAUGAAAGAGCUUUUUUAGAGGGUAUUGAAUUAACUAGAUGCAGUUGCAAAUUCAACAUCCCAAACACUAAAGCACUUACUAAAUAAAAUUGAUAGAAAUUGUUUUGACAACACUUCAUUUCUUUUACUAUAAAUAGUUGCUCCAAAAUUGCAAAUAAAAACAUGUAGAUAUUGAGCUUA